AUGUCAGUUUCCCUCACCAAGACCUCUCGUAAGAACGCUCGGCUACAAGAGAAACAGGCUGCGAGCCAACAAGGCACCGCGAGACGAGGACGGACGAGGUCAUUACAGAAACCAGUAGUCAAACAAUACAAUCGUCGUAACAAGAAGGACAAGACCCUCGUGGACACCGAACUCGAACUCGACCUAUCCGCGAAGCGUCCGAGAUACAGGCGAGCGCAACUCACUGAGACAAGAACUGGGCUUGAUAAGGAAAACCUCGUUGAGAGUUGGUUGGAAAAGUUGAAUUGGUCUCGCAGGUCCUCAACAGAGAAUGAAGCCCAAAUCUCCGAAACAUCAUUCAAGAUGCCUCGCAAACCUCCCGCCGUACUUCCGUCUCCGGACAACAGUUUCGAAGGAUCGAUCUCCACAUCCAGAAAACCCGAGAAAUCCGCUGCGAGUGUUCAUGACGCAGAUUAUCGACAGUCGUUACGCGAUCGCAAUAUUUAUAUCAAUCGUGAAGACCCACGCCCCGAGUUGAAACGCCGGGCAGGGAGAAUAAUAUCACGGUCUCGAACAUCUCCUGAGAUGGAUGAUGAGGUCGUUCAACAAUUGAUAAGGACAAGCCGACGGGUUGAGGAGGAGGGUGAAGAAGCUAUUGUACUACAAUUAGCUCCGGACCUCAUUCCAGCUAUGAAGUUACUUCCGGAUACACGAUUGGCAUCCAAUGCCGAUCAACCGUGGUACAAUUCUGUUCCCGUCCCGCUCGAUACGUCUAUUCUGUCCAAUCCACUCCCCUUACCUAAACCGAAACCAGACCUAGCCUUUGGUUACUCUGAGGCGGCCUUCACCCGAAACCAACUAGGGACAAUUGGUCUUCUCGUUGACGAUCAGUUCGGCAGAAGCUAUGCCGUCCCAGACCAGAAGGUUCGAUUUCCAUUCCUGGAGAUCGAGUUCAAAUCACAGGCUCAGAACGGAACUCACUAUGUCGCCACGAAUCAGGCUGCUGGUGCUGGAUCCGUCGCGCUAAACGGCUAUAUAGACCUCAUACAGCGCAGCUUCGGAAUGGACGAAUUCGAUUAUGAAGAGCCACGAUAUUUCUCGCGCCGGCUGAAAAAGGAAGACAACAUAGUUUUCAUGUUGAAGGACUUUCACAGCAUCUUCUACGGGACGCAAACGGUAUUCGAGCGCUUUCUCGAGCAAUCAAGAACAUUCUCGACCAUGGUGCUGAUGCACGACUACGAACACUUUGCGGGGCACUGGAUGUAUACCGCGAGACAGUCGUCCGCAACAGAAACGCGGCAAAUGCGGAGAAGGAACGGCAACCUGAAGAUCGACCGGAAUCUCACACUGGACAACAAGGCAGAAGAGGAGUUCCUGGGCCUAAAAUUCAAGCGGGACCAGUACAAACGAGACAACGAGGCAGAAGAGGCACACAUGUGCCUGACGUGCAAGCGGGAGAAGAUGUUCCCAGAGAAAAAGUCAGAGCUGGCCGGGUCGUACCUGGACCGAUCGAACCUUUGCACGCUGAGCAAAGACCACAACGCGUGCCGACCACGACGCGCCGUCAAGUUCCAAAAACGGUCGAAAUUCCCCUUAAAGCGACACGCCGAUCGGCUAAGCGGGAUUCCAGGGUUAUGGAGUCCGGAUGAACGAUCAUAUCUUAGCGUCGGGUGA